CUCGGCGCAGCUGGCUUGCUUCCUCAGUCAGCCGUCGGCGAGAGGAGCGGACGGGUUCAGUGGGUCUGUCGCCAUCCUGCGUGGGCGGGAGCGGACCUCUACUCCCCUUGGGGUCGGAGCCUGGAAAGCCCCGCGUUUCUCCCCCACCCUCCUUGCUCUGGCUGGAGAGCCGGAGAGGAAAGUAUGUGGGGCAGGGAGUGAGGUCGGGCAGCAGCGCGGAACCCCUUUCGCCCAGGGAGGCGCCCAUGGAAGCGGGUUGAAUAAAUUCUGGAUUAUCUUGAAGUCACAUCUAUUUAGCUGGCUUGGAAGUUCAAACAGCCAUAUAAAUGCCGUUUUUUAAUGUAAGAGAAGACUGCAAAGCCAUGGCUUUCUGUGCCAAACUGAGAAGUUCCAGAAAAAAUGAAGUGAACACAGAAGCUCAAGAACCAGGCCUGGAAGUAGCAUUCUAUUUGCAAGAGAAGCCUUCUCUUAGGUAUACGUCUGGCAGGUAUACAGCAGAAGACCUCUGCAUUGAAGCUGCCCGGAAAUGCUCUAUAUCUCCAUUGUGCCACAACCUGUUUGCACUCUUUGACGAACACACAAAGCUGUGGUAUGCCCCAAAUCAUGUCUUCCAAAUAGAUGACAAAACUGUACUCCGAGUACAUUAUCGCAUGAGGUUUUACUUUACUAAUUGGCAUGGGACAAACGAAAGCGAACCCCCGGUCUGGCGACAUUCUCCAAAGAAAUCUAAGAGUGCUUAUGAGAAGAAACUAGCACAAGAAGGAACACCUCUACUUGAUGCAAGUUCACUAGAAUAUAUCUUUGCACAGGGACAAAAUGAUUUGAUAAGAUGCUUUGCACCUGUUCGGGAUCCGAAAAAUGACCAGGAGAUUAAUGAAAUUGAAAAUGAGUGUCUGGGGAUGGCUGUGCUUGCAAUCUCACACUAUGCACUUAAAAAAGACCUGAAGUUGCCAGAUGUUUCCAGAGACUUCAGCUAUAAACGGUAUAUUCCCGAAAGCCUGAGCAAGACCAUAAGACAGAGGAACAUCUUAACCAGAACACGGAUAAACAACGUUUUCAAGGAUUUCCUUAAGGAAUUUAACAAGAAGACCAUUUGCGACAGCAGCGUUUCUCCGCAUGAUCUGAAGGUGAAAUACUUGGCGACAUUGGAAACGUUAACGCAACAUUUUGGUGCAGAGAUACUCGAGACUGCCUCGUUGUUGAUUUCAUCAGAGAAUGAGAAGAUCUUUGACACGGGUUACUCUGAGAUCAUCCCAUGUUAUCAAGUGAUGGUAACAGGCAAUAAUGGAAUCCAGUGGCGGCUGAAACCAAUUGUUACACAGAGCGAGAGAGAGAAACACAAAACAAAGAGGAAAAGAUCAGAUGGCAAAGCCAAGAAGAACGAAGAAAAAAGUAAGAAAGAAGAAUGGAAUAGUUUUUGUUACUUUCCCGAAAUUACUCACCUUGUGAUCAAGGAAUCCACGGUCUGCAUUUACAAGCAAGAUAACAAAAGGAUGGAAUUCAAGCUGUCUUCGUGUGAGGAAGCUUUGUCAUUUGCCGCUUUGAUAGAUGGGUAUUUCAGGCUUACUGCAGAUGCCCAUCAUUAUCUCUGCACUGAUGUUGCGCCGCCCUUGAUAAAACACAACAUUAAAAAUGGCUGCCAUGGUCCAAUAUGCACAGAUUAUGCGAUCAACAAGCUGAAGCAAGAAGGAAAUGAGGAGGGGAUGUAUGUCCUGAGGUGGAGCUGUACAGAUUUCCAUAACAUCCUCAUGACUGUUAUAUGUAGUGAAUACUCACAGCAAAUGCUGAACCCUACAAAACAGUACAAGAACUUCCAGAUUGAAAUGACUAAAGAUGGAUGUCGUUUACAUGGAUCUGAUCGGUUAUUUCUAUCUCUGAAGGAGUUGAUGGACCAUUUAAAAGGACAAAUGCUUAGGACAGACAAUAUAGUCUUCACACUCAAGAAGUGCUGUCAGCCAAAGCCAAGAGAAAUCUCCAAUUUGCUGGUGGCGACAAAGAAAUCCCUAGAAUGGCAACCAGUCUGCCCGUUAGGACAGCUGAGCUUCCACCGAAUCCUUAAAGAAGAAAUAAUACAAGGUGAACACCUUGGCAGAGGAACAAGAACGCAGAUUUACUCUGGGGUCCUUAGGUAUAAGGAAGAUGAGAGCUAUCAGGCUGAAAAGGCGAUGAAGGUUCUUCUGAAAGUCUUGGACCCCAGUCACAGGCACUUUUCUCUGGCAUUUUUUGAGACCGCAAGCAUGAUGAGGCAGCUCUCCCACAAACACAUUGUCCUCCUCCAUGGAGUUUGUGUCCGUGAUGUGGAAAACAUUAUGGUAGAAGAGUUUGUCGAAUUUGGACCUCUGGAUCUCUUCAUGCACCGCAAGAGUGAUCUGCUUACUACUCCUUGGAAAUUCAAAGUAGCAAAGCAAUUGGCAAGUGCAUUGAGCUACCUGGAGGACAAAGAUCUAGUUCACGGAAACGUUUGCACAAAAAAUAUACUCUUGGCAAGGGAAGGAAUUGACAAUGAAUAUGGACCUUUCAUAAAACUGAGCGACCCAGGAAUUCCAAUAACAGUGCUGUCUAGAAAAGAAUGUGUUGAGCGCAUCCCUUGGCUUGCACCAGAAUGUGUAGAAGACUCAAAAAAAUUAAGUGUGGCUGCUGAUAAGUGGAGCUUUGGUACAACACUGUGGGAAAUUUGCUACAAUGGAGAAGUGCCACUUAAAGACAAGACAUUAGCAGAGAAGGAGCGGUUUUAUGAAGGGCAUUUCACACUUCCAGUCCCAUCCUGCAAGGAGCUGGCUGACCUGAUGAAGCAGUGCAUGCACUAUGACCCCAGCCAGAGACCAUUCUUCAGAGCAAUCAUGCGAGACAUCAACAAGCUAGAAGAACAAAAUCCUGAUAUCGUCUCGGAGAAGAAGCCUAAUGCAGAGAUUGAUCCUACCAUUUUUGAGAAACGCUUCUUGAAGCGCAUUCGUGACUUAGGCGAGGGCCAUUUUGGAAAAGUUGAACUCUGCAGGUACGACCCUGAGGGUGAUAAUACUGGAGAACAAGUGGCGGUAAAGUCACUGAAACCUGACUGUGGUGGGAACCAUAUUGCUGAGCUAAAGAAAGAAAUCGAAAUCCUGAGGAAGCUUUAUCAUGAAAACAUCGUGAAAUACAAAGGAAUCUGCACCGAAGAUGGUGGAAAUGGAAUUAAGCUGAUCAUGGAGUUUCUUCCUUCUGGAAGCCUAAAGGAAUAUCUUCCACUAAACAAGAAUAAAAUCGGUCUGAAACAGCAAUUGAAAUAUGCUGUACAAAUCUGCAAGGGAAUGGACUACUUGGGAUCUCAACAGUAUGUUCAUCGAGACUUAGCUGCAAGGAAUGUUCUAGUUGAAAAUGAACAGAGAGUGAAGAUUGGGGACUUCGGGCUAACCAAAGCAAUUGAGACGGAUAAGGAAUAUUACAAAGUCAAUGAUGAAAAAGACAGCCCUGUGUUCUGGUAUGCUCCUGAAUGCUUACUGCAGAGCAAAUUCUACAUUGCUUCAGACGUUUGGUCUUUUGGAGUGACCCUCUAUGAGCUACUGACCUAUUGUGAUCCUGCAUGCAGUCCAAUGGCAGAAUUCCUGAAUAUGAUUGGACCAACUCAAGGCCAGAUGACAGUGACACGGCUUGUGCGGGUAUUAGGAGAAGGCAAACGUUUGCCAUGUCCUAAAAAUUGCCCACCAGAGGUUAACCAACUGAUGGGGAAGUGUUGGGUUCAAGACCCAGGUGAGCGGACAAGCUUUCACAAUCUGAUUCAAGGAUUUGAAGCACUUAUCCAAAAAAUGUAAUCCAUGCAUUUUAUACUUGCCACUUAAAUGUUUUGAAAAGUGUACAAGGCCUUUUUAUUACCUAGUGUAAUUUUGUACUUUGGUAAUGUUGUGUCUGAAAAGGGUUUUUCUGUUUGAGUAGCCAACACGCGAAAGCAGCAGAGAACAUUGCUGAGCAUUUUGCCAGUUAACAGGGUCUACCUGUAGGAUCUCAGCUGCUGGGCCAAGUACUUUUGAGGGAGGAAAAAAAAUCUUUUAAGGCUACUGUUAAGUGAUAUGUGCCUAUACAAAGUUUGAAUCAUGUUGUAUUAGAGAGCAAAAUAUGAUUUCCAAACAGUGUAGUGGCUGUCAUUACAGUAAAAAAUGUUAAUCAUGGCAGAUAAACAGAAAUGUUCCUGACAGCAUUCAAAAAUGAAUAUUAAGGAGGUGUGCUAGAUAACUUUGGUUGGAAUCCAACACCAGUUUUGUCCUACACACAAAGGGACUUUGGAUCUGCACACAUCCCAAGCUACUUUUUGAGCUUGCAUCAACUCGCAAAAGCAGUUUGUGUUUCGCAAACCUGAAGUAACUCCUGUCAUCCCAGCCUUGUUUCUCCCUCUUGAUAUAUAUAUUUGUAGCAUUUGCUUUUAGUAUAUUCAUUAAAAUCCAGACACCAUUGGCACUUUGUCCUGGAGCAUUCUGAUCUAGUCCAACAAAAUUUCUACAUCACAGAAGUCAGUCCUUCUCAAAUAUUCCUUCUCUUUUAAAAGGAAAACUCUAUAAUCUUAGGGGUGCAAAAAUAAUGUAAGGGGAAAGACCACUGAAGCAUGACAUUUGGGGUUUUUAUUGGGUAACAGAUUGCAAGUGACAAUUAAGCAGAAUAGUGAGUUUUGAAGACAUAAUUUCUCCAGUGAGGCUGAAUGGUGCAUGGAUUUUAAAUGUGCACUCUGUAAAUGAAGAUAUUACAAAAGAUAACAUGCCAACCAGGAGUAGGGGGAUGGAUGUACAUUAUUCCUGCAUUGUGUACUUGCUAUAAAAGAAGUAGGAUUCAGUAUGUUCUGCAAC